AUGAGAGGGGAAGGCGCCUACAGCAAGAUGGAUGUGGGCAGCAAGGAGGUCCUGAUUGAGAGCCCGCCAGACUACUCGGCAGCCAACCAGGGCCGUUUUGGCAUCAUCCCCUGCUGCCCUGUGAGCCUCAAACGCCUUCUCAUCGUGGUCGUGGUGAUAGUCCUUGUGGUCGUGGUGAUUGUAGGGGCCCUGCUAAUGGGUCUUCACAUGAGCCAGAAGCACACUGAGAUGGUUCUGGAGAUGAGCAUUGGGGGACCGGAAGCCCAGCAGCGCCUGGCCCUGCAGGAGCGUGUGGGCACCACUGCCACCUUCUCCAUUGGCUCCAGUGGUAUUGUAGUGUAUGACUACCAGCGGCUCCUGAUUGCCUAUAAGCCAGCCCCAGGAACCUGUUGCUAUGUCAUGAAGAUGGCUCCGGAGAACAUCCCAAGUCUUGAGGCUCUCACUAGAAAGUUCCAGAACUUCCAGGUCAAGCCUGCAGUGUCUACCUCUAAGCUGGGCCAGGAGGAGGGCCAUGAUGCUGGCUCAGCAUCCCCUGGGGACCUGGACUUCCUGGGCACCACAGUGAGCACCCUAUGUGGCGAGGUGCCCCUCUACUACAUCUAGGACCCCUCAGGGCCUGUGGAAGCCCCAAGUGAAGAGGAAAGAUCCAUGCGCUAAAGGUCUUUUGCAGAGAGAUAGCAAGC